AUGCGCCGAUCGCUUCUGGUUGGGCUAUACGCCCUACAAUGUUGCUGUUUUCUUCUCGUAUGGUCAGAAAAUUUUCGUUAUGGAGCACAUCGCCGCUAUAAACGACAACUUGGCGAAAUCUCCAGCCCGCAGAUUGAUCUCAACAUAACUGUCCCUUACAUAUUUUCUGCUAGACUCUAUCCAUACGGUGAACAUAAGGGUGAUCUACUAAUCGAUGCCGAGAGUGAACCGUAUAAACUUGCGAAUCCUUUCCGAUACCUUGGACAGGUCUACGACACUAUUUUCAUACACUCUUCGGGGCUGGUGAAUUUCAGUCCCAGCAUUCCAUCCCCGGCUGCUCUUCCGAUCGAUGAACCAGUAUUAGCGGUUUAUUGGAUGAACACUGAAGGAGCACGGGUUUUCUACAGAGAAACCGAUGAUACCAGUAUAGUAAACAUCGCUCACAAUGAGGUGAAUAUACAGUAUCGCUAUGGAUCGAAAUUUCGAGUGAAAAGCGUCGUGAUUAUCACUUGGGAAGGAGGAAGGCCGCCAAACUCGGAAGCCGAUGGGAACGUCUUCCAGUUAGCUUUGAUUGUUGGUGAUUCGAUGACAUUCGCCCAUAUUGUCUACAGUAAACUAAAUUCCAAUGAUAAUGCUGUGGCUGGAUUCUCCACAUUGAACACUUCUUACUCACUUCCCGACUCUGCCACCCACGAUGCCUUACUGUUAUCCGAAAAAAGUGACAUCGGUAUUCCCGGAGAAUGGCUUUUCCGCGUUGAUGAGAGUCAGGUCUACCUAUGCGGUGCUGGAUUCAAGGGACUGGAAUGUAUUGAUAGUUGCGCCCCGUCACAAUGGUUUAACGAUUGCUCUAAAAGCGAUUACGGAUUGCCGGGGAAGGCGUUGGCGCAUCCUUCGAGGAUUGAUUCCUGCCAUUGCGAUGGUGGAGAUCCAUGUGACCAAGAAACUGGACGUUGCCCUAACGGAAGAUGUUCACCGGGAUGGAAAGGCGCACCGACAUGUGACGAAGAUGAAGAUGAAUGCGAACUGGAUGAUGUGUGCCCGUCGGCCCAGCCGGAUUGCUUGAACACUCCGGGAUCAUACCUCUGCAUUUGUUUCGAAUAUGAUGAGAAAAGCAAGAUAUGCAAAGGUUCAAAACCGGUUCAAAACGCUGAAGAGAAGAUCCCAGUACAGAUUGUACCUGUACAACCAUCUUUUGGACGUACCACAGCAGCAACAAAGCCAGCAUUGCUUCGUAAUCGAUUCGUAUCCACCACACAUCCCACAACUACCACUGCAGUAACAACAAGACGAUUUACUACGGCGGUAUCAACAACACUACCCACUACAACCAUGUCAACAACUACCGUUACUGAGCUAGCACCCACAAUCAAACCUGUGGAAUUUAAACCAGCAAAGAUCAAACCGUCGACUCCAAUAUGUCCUCCAUGCGAUACCCAUGCUACAUAUCGGGAAGGAAGAUGCGAGUGCAACGCAGGAUGGAAACCAUACAAGAACAUAUGCAUUGAUAUUGAUGAAUGUGCUGAGAGUUCUGUAUGUGGAGCCCAUUCUCAAUGUGUAAAUAGACCAGGAAGUUAUGAUUGUACUUGUGACAAGGGUUAUCGAUUCGAGGAAGGCGGUUGUGUAGAUAUCAAUGAAUGUCGUGAGAAUGAAAACGUAUGCGGUAGGGGAUCUGGUGUAGAAUGUCUAAAUCGACCAGGUUCCUAUGAAUGUAUGUGCAAGGAUGGAUUCGAUGGAGAUGCAAGGAUAGGAUGCACUGAUAUUGAUGAAUGCGCGACAGGGUCACAACACUGUGGACCACACGCUAAAUGCAUUAACACGGUUGGUGGAUACGAAUGCGAAUGUUUUUCUGGAUUUGAACGAAUCGCUGAAGGAGCUGGAUGCACAGAUAUUGACGAGUGCUUUUUGUCGAUGUGUCAUCCGGCAGCAAGGUGUUCGAAUCUGGUAGGAUCCUUUUCAUGCACCUGUCCGGAUGGAUUUAUUGGCGAUGGAAUGCAGUGCCACGAAACGAUCCUCUAUCCAAUCGCUAACGAUUCUGUAGUUGUUCCAAGAAAGAUGAAUGCUAUAGCGACAAUCGAUCUUCCGUCACCGGUAUUCGUAUUUGGAAAGCAAUAUCAUACCGUAUACCUCUCAUCUAAUGGAAUCCUCUCAUUCGAUCGACCGCUACCUGGGCUUGUCGAGAGGACGGAUACUUUACGUGAAGCUGCCAUAUUUGCUCUUCAUGUCCAAUAUGACUAUGUUAGAGAGGGUCUAGUCGCCUACACUUACAUAAAUGAAUCAGACUCUUCCGCAUAUUCGCUGCUGAGCCGCUCAUCCGCCAGUGUACAGAAUAACUUCCGAUUAUCGAAUUUCCGUACAAAAACCUUGCAUUUGUUCACAUUUGAUCGGAUGAGACAAGAAGGAAGUGAAAAUUUGAACUCGUUCCAAAUUGUUCUCGCACAAUCGGAUGAGGCCACGAUAGCGACGUUAAUCUACGAAAAAACGCAAUCGAAAGGGCCGAUAACAGGAAUCGCUUCACCAACUAAAUUCCAUACACUCCCGAACAACAUGCUAUCAUCAUAUUCGAAUGUCGGCCAGCCAGGGAAGUGGAUGCUUCGGAUUGAUGACGUCAUAGGGCCGUGUCCGUCUGGUACAAUGGGACCUCCUUUAUGCGACGAAGAAUGUCCUGCUGGACGAUACGGUUUUUCAUGUCAAAGAUCGUGUCACUGUGCUGCUGGAUUUCCGUGUGAUAUGUCGUCAGGCGUUUGUGCAAAUGGUUGCGCAGCCGGGUGGACAGGAUCUAAUUGCGACCAAGAUGUUGAUGAGUGCCUCACCGGGAUGGUGAUUUGCGGGCAGAAUGCAGUAUGUCAUAACACUGUUGGUGGUUAUGAGUGUCGAUGUCGGAAGGGAUUUUCUGGCAACGGAAAAGAAUGCACCCCUGUUGAACUGAGAUGCACCUCUCGCUUUGGACGAUCUUGUUCAACGAAUGGGUCGUGCGAAGAACGCGAGGAUGGUCCACGAUGCGUUUGUGCGCCUGGAUAUCGCGGUGAUGGAUUUGUAUGCACACCUCAGUCGCAUAUUCAUUCCUCCGUUGAGGAUAUAACACAUCUUUUGAGAGAUCCUGAAAGCUCAAGUGACAACGACUCUUCUGACGUAGGUGAACAUCCUUUCGUGAUGACAGCAUGGCACGGAAUGGAUGAUAAGACAACUGCUCGUCCGCCAAUUUCACGGCCUCGAUCUCCACUAUUUAUAACUCCAACAACCAAACCAAAAGUCGAAAUAAAGGAGAACACAAGCAAAGAAAAGCAGGAAGAAUCAGCUGAUGCAACCACUCUACUGUUUCUGAUUGGUCCCGCUGUACUUUGUGCGAUUUGGGUGAUUCUUGUGAUAUUGGUCAUAGCUGUAUGUUGCAAGAAUAAGAAUGGCCAACGUACCCGAACUAACGUCAAACAAUUCGACGGUGUAUGGAAUCCACCUGCACGAACAGCUAUCUGUGCACCUUCUAAUGUGGCUUCACAUUAUCCAACAAGGAUACGACCGUUCGAUGCCUAUUAG